CCAUUUUGACUCACUAACACCUUACAUUGAUUCAUGGUUGUUAUUGUGUGCUCCAGUGUCAGUGUUGUGUGCUCCUCCUCAUGGUUUGUAUAGGCAGGCAGAGCCUACACAAUGUGUCACCUCCUCGUCAUUCAGUGUAGACUAGGCCAAUAUGGCUAGAGUGAUAGUGUGCUCACACUAAUGCAACACCAAACACCCAAGAAUGAGCAUUAGGACCCAGAAGGAGCCUCUGUGUAGACUACCGGUAUGCACUAAGCCUUUGCUGUAAAUACAGCCUGCCGUGAAGCCAUGGAGAAGAGCUCUAUUGAGAAAGAGGGGGAGAGAGAGAUGCUGCAGCUGUGUAAAGUCACAGACUCCCUGUUCAUCAGCAACGCACGAUCAGCAUGCAGUCCUGAGUUAAUCCAGCAGGAGGCAGUCACUCUCUGCAUCAACGUGUCUAAGCAGCAGCCCUUCCCCACUGGUCGGGUCAGCACGCUCCGGAUCCCUGUCUACGAUGACCCCAACGAGGACCUCUACCAGCACUUUGAUCAAUGUGCGGAUGCCAUAACCAAAGAAGCCAUACGGGGUGGACACAGCGUUGUGUACUGUAAGAAUGGCCGCAGUCGCUCGGCAACCAUCUGUGUGGCAUACCUAAUGAAGCAACAGGGCCUGUCCUUAACAGAGGCCUUUCAGACUGUGAAAAAUGCCCGUUCAGUGGUGGAGCCAAACCCAGGUUUCUGGACCCAGCUGGAGAAAUAUGAGCAGGAACUGAAAACCAGGAGGUCAGAGGACAGCAACCCCCUCAUCCACCCUCCAUCCUGAUUUAGUCUGUCUCCCUCCAUCCUGAUUUUACUUACCUGUUGGACUUUACACCAAACCUUUUCUGCUUGUACAAUAAUUGUUAAUGUACCUGCUGAUGACACAACUUUUUAUUAGGGAGAGGGUUAUAAAUAAUUAUAACUUUUGUAUGAAUUUCAGACCAGUGCAAAUGCAUAAACCCAUGCGCUUUCUCCAACUGUCUGCUGAGCGACUGCUUCCAUGGAGGAGACACUCAUCACAGCAUAAAUUCAGUGGAAUCUAGCGGUCUGUUUUCAUUAUGUCAAGUCAAGUCAAGUCAAGUCAAGUCAGUUUUAUUUGUAUAGCACAUUUCACAUGCACAGAGUGCAACUCAAAAGUGCCCCACACAGAAAACAUUGACACAUUAGACAAAAGAUGCCGGACGGAGUGGCGUAGUCGCCAACGUACCUACAAUAAGACAUAAACAGAAAAAUUUACAAAAUAACAAAUGACACACAAGACAAAAGAUGUCGGAUGGAGUGUACCCAAGACACUUAAGACAGACAACAAACAAAGAUUAACUAAUAAUAAAAUAAAUAAAUACGAAAAAACGAAAA